GGCAGUAGAUGGGUAUACAAGAUCAAGACUCGCUCUGAUGGCUCUAUUGACCGUUAUAAGGCCCGCUUGGUUGCUCAAGGUUGUACGCAAGAGUAUGGUAUUGAUUAUGCAGAGACUUUUGCCCCUGUCGCUCGUCUUACGUCUGUUAGAGAUCUUCUUGCCAUUGCCGCGGUUAAAAAAUGGUCUCUCAGUCAGAUGGAUGUGAAGAAUGCUUUUCUUAAUGGGGAUUUGAAAAAGAAAGUCUAUAUGAAACCACCUCCGGGAUAUCCUUGUCCUACUAAUAAAGUUUGUCUCCUUCGCAAGGCACUUUAUGGACUUAAGCAAGCUCCUCGUGAAUGGUUUGACAAGUUCAGCACUACCAUAUGCAGUCUUGGUUUUACUUCUAGCCCUCAUGAGAAUGCGCUCUUCAUUCGUAAAAGCGAACGUGGAGUUGUUCUUCUACUUUUGUAUGUUGAUGACAUGAUCAUUACUGGGGAUGAUGUUGAUGGUAUCUCUGAUCUCAAGGCCUCACUUCACCGUACCUUUGAGAUGAAAGAUCUUGGUUCUCUCAGCUAUUUUCUUGGUCUCGAGGUCAUCUCCACCGAUGAUGGCAUCUAUCUCUCUCAGGCUAAGUAUGCUUCAGAUCUUCUUGCUCGCGCUGGGAUUACAGAUAGCUGCACUGAGUCUACUCCUCUUGAGCCUAAUGUUCGUUUUACCCCUAUGGAUGGCACUAUUUUGGAUAAUCCGACUCUCUAUCGACAGUUAGUUGGCGGUCUCGUCUACUUGACUGUCACCCGACCAGACAUCGCCUAUCCGGUUCAUGUACUUAGCCAGUUCUUGGCAGCUCCUCGUACUACUCACUAUGCGGCAGUUCUUCGCAUUCUUCGCUACAUCAAAGGCACUCUUUUUCAUGGCCUUUAUUUUUCUGCCCAUUCCUCUUUGUCUCUUCAGGCUUACUCCGAUGCUGAUUGGGCUGGUGAUCCCACUGAUCAUCGUUCUACUACUGGUUACUGUUUGUUUCUUGGCGACGCUCUCAUUUCUUGGCGUGCUAAGAAGCAAACGUUCACUACUCGCUCAAGCACAGAAGCUGAGUACCGUGCCCUCGCUGACACCACUGCUGAAGUUAUCUCGGUUCGUUGGCUUCUCGAAGAUUUGGGUGCUCCUCAGUCGUCCCCUACUGAUGUUUUUUGUGAUAACCGCAGUGCUAUUCAGAUCGCCCAUAAUGAUGUGUUUCAUGAA